AGCUUCCACCACCCAUUUAUUCCAAUAUUUUUUUUUUUAAAUCUUGCCCAUUUUUCAGGUGUCCGAUCAUCAAAACCAACAUUCCCCAUGCUUCCUUGAUUCAAUGAAGCUUCAUUGGAUCCACCCAUCAUUUUUUUUUGGUCUAUAUAAGGACCAGAAGGUAGCUGUCCCUCUUCCAAGAAAGGAAAAGGAAAAAGGAAAAGGAAAAGGAAAAGUAUGCAGACUGAGCUUCAGAGUGAGUCGUUUGAUUACCGGACGGAGCUUCUGUCGCCAGCGCUGCCCGGAGAGAACGGGAGUGCGAUGAGGGUGCCGUCGUGGCGAAUCAAUUUUGAGGAGUUUCAGGUUGCGGAGAAACAGAAGGAUUCCAAUUUUGGUGUGGCGAAGCUUGUGAAGACGAUAAGAAAGCAGAAGAAGCUCGCAGACUAUUACAAGAAGCAGGGGAAGCUACUGGAAGGGUUCAAUGAAGUGGACGCCUUCACUGAAUUGGGCGUCUUGCCUGGGAGUUUAACCGAGGAUGAAAUGAAGCAGCUUGCAAACAAUGAGAGGCUGGCAAUUCAGGCAUCCAACAUAGCAAACAUGGUUCUUUUCGUAGCAAAAGUGUAUGCUUCGGUUGAGAGCAGGUCACUGGCGGUGAUAGCAUCCACCCUUGACUCUCUCUUGGAUCUUUUAUCCGGCUUUAUUUUGUGGUUUACUGCUUCUGCUAUGAGAAAACCAAACCAAUAUCGAUAUCCUAUUGGCAAGAAGAGGAUGCAACCUGUGGGAAUCGUUGUUUUUGCAUCGGUGAUGGCUACUCUUGGAUUACAAAUAUUGUUUGAAUCCGGUCGGGAAAUCAUUAUAAAGGUAUGUAAUUUUCAAUUGAUUUGCAUUAGUUGCAUGGUCCUAAACCACCAUUUUAAGUACUAUGCCAAAGAAUUGAGAUUUAUUUAUUUUUUUAAAAUGUUGAAGUUGAACGAAAACGAUUAGCUUUACAUGGUUUUU